CCUUCUCACGAGGAGCACAUCCAGGGCGGCCACUCCAACACCGACCGCCCGUCGCGCGUGAUCAUCUACCCGUCGCCGGGGGAGGGCUCGCUGCUGCUGGCCUCGUACACGUGGGGGGACGCCACGGCCCCGUUCGACGGCCUGAGCACGGAAGACACGAUGCACUUGGCCCUGGAUGACGUGGCGGCGCUGCACGGGCCGAUCGUGUACCGGCUCUGGGACGGCACCGGCGUGGUCAAGCGCUGGGCAGAGGACCCGCACAGCCAGGGCGGCUUCGUGGUGCAGCCGCCCACGCUCUGGCGAGCCAGGGAGGGCUGGGAGGAGUUCGACUGGACGGACCCCUAUGGUCGCAUCUACUUCGCGGGGGAGCACACUGCCUACCCGCACGGCUGGAUGGAGACAGCCGUCAAGUCGGCGCUGCGCGCGGCCGUGUCCAUCAACGGCCAGACGCACAGCCCGAUCAGCAGCCAGGAGAAGUCCCUGCACCAGCAGAAGGCUCUGCACGCGGAGGACGAGGAGCCCGCGCGCGUGGCCGAGGGCCCCGUGGACUGCCAGCCCCCGUGCAGGUCUCACACGGCGAAGACCACCUACCCUUCAACCCUGCGCGGGACAGCCACCCCCAACGCCACCCGCCAGACGCCCUAGUAAAUUAUUUUCGGAAAAA